AGAGAGUAGUAGUGUACUCACUAACAUAGUUGGUCCUCAUACGAGGGGGACAACUCACCGAGUUGUUGCCGAUGACCUGACCACUUGAGCGGGAUGAACGUGUGGGUCUCCCUGGCGGUGUUGGCCGUCGCGGUGCUUCUCAGCGAGGUAGCCCGCCGGGCAGCCAUUCGCCUCCUCCGCGGUGCCUCCAGAGCUGCGGUGCUGGAGGCGGCGUCUACCUUCCAGCUCUGCUGCUGCACGCACGAACUCAAGCUGCUCGCCGACGCGGUCGAGCCGGCGGUCAGCCUGACGCUUUGCUACGCCAUUACCGUCGUCCACCUGCAGACCUUCCGGGGAGCUUCGUGUAACCCCUGCGGCGUCGUGGAGCGAGUUUGCCGCGGGAGCAGCGGCGUCGGAGCGGCGCUGUCGGUCGUCGCCGCGCAGUUCAGCGCCGCUCUGGCCGCGCGGCUCUUCGCCGCCUCCGUGUGGUCGCAGGGUCUGUCGGAGAGCCACGCUACGCACCGGCGCUUCGGCUUCAGGUGCUUCGACCCGCUGGGGGGCACCGUGUUGGAGGCGGCCGCCGUGGAGCUGGCUUGCGCUUUCGCCGUCCAAGCCGUGGCUCUGCACGCCCACAAAGUGGACGAGAGGCUCCGCGUUCACGUCUUUGCCGCUGUCGUUACUGCGCUGGUGUACACAGGUGGCAGCAUCUCCGGGGCGGUCUUUAACCCCGUCCUGGCCUUCUCUGUCCAGUUCCCCUGCAGCGGACACACCUACCUGGAAUACUGCUUCAUUUACUGGCUGGGACCAGCCUUAGAAAAAUACGGGCUGGAUCACAAAGCAACGAGCAAGGAAAAUAAAUACCAAGAGAGGAACCCGACCGCGACUCCUGUCCUGCCUCCUCGGACCCAGUUUCUGUUGGCAGAGGCCCAGAACUAUGAAAACAUCACAGAGCGUCCCGACUGUGGACAGAACACCGUGUCCGCCUUCCAACAAAACAUGGACGACCCUCACGACCAUGACUUGAACCAGGAGGACCCUCGUCUACGUAAGCAGAUCUUGGACCUGCAGCACGACGACAACCCCUUCCAGGACCAUGAGCACAACAUGGCCGAGGUUCCAGACUACGAAGAGAUCGCUGAGCAGCAGGCUGACUACGUGAAAGUAGACGACGACGACGAGGUCUACCCUCCGUUGAUGGAGGACUACGAUGACAUCGCCGGUGACGACAAGGACUAUGACGACCUUGGCUAAGGCGGUGACGGCAUCGACUAGUUCCGUAAAGGGCGGGACUUGUGCAAACCACGCGAGACCUCAGUGCACCUCUCUAGACCUCACUUCAGCUUACGUCCACUUAUGUUUCUCAUGCUUUUUCUUUGGCUUCUUUGCCACGCUUAUCCCCCAAGUUAAGAGAAGAAAAACAUGUUGACGGUGAGUUAGCAUCACGCGGAGUCCAGGAUUGAACGUGAACAUUCGCCGCGAGCUAACUGCCUGUCAUACAUGUCAUCACCGGUCAAAGGUGGUGUUUACCGUUUUUCCUCACAUUUGUGGUUAACUUAUUAUUACACUUGUAAGAUUAAAAAUAUGAAAUGUUGCCUGUGCAGCCGAUAAAGAUUUGAUGCUGGCCACAGCUUGACCCUGGUACAGAUUAUUUCUAUUAA